AUGCCCGGCGCAAUGAAAAGUUCAACUCAAUGGAGGUGUAUUGUCUUAGACGAAUUAAGGAAGAAGAACACCAUCGGUACUGUGAGUGGAUGCUAUAUGAAACUGAAGGAGAUUGAUAACAAGCCGUUGACGUUUGCUUCCGACAACCGUCCUCGCCGACGGUAUCUAUACUUCUGCUUCAUCAUUGCGUACAUGAAUGCAAAGAGCCGAGGGACCAGUGACGCCGUUGCAAAAAAGGUUGAAGCCACGCGAUUUUGGUCCUCCGCCGGCUCGUACCUUACUCGGUCAACACUGGUGAUAUCGGCUCGCUGUGUUUCAGGAUCAGAACUACCUAAGUCCCUUGUCCAAGACAAGACGUUUGAAUCUGGUGAUAGCUCCACUCGCGACACUGAUGCUGGAACAGUACUUGGAGCUGAUGUUCGUGACGCAAUUCUUGCUAUGCAGAGUCUUUAA